GUGGAUACUCUAAUGAAUAUUAUCCGACAGAAAACACAAUAAAAAUUCUCAACAUUUCAAAUGUACAAUAUAGGUGGGUUGACACAUUCACUCCGCUUCCAGUUGCUAAACAGAAUGCUCAAACCUCAGACAUAAAUAUUAUUAUUAUUAUUGUGUCUAUUAUCGGUGUUAUUGUAUUCAUC